AAAUUUGCUCCCAACGAAACGGUUUACUUGGUCUCUUACGGCCUAUCUGUACACUCGAAAAGUUUAAUCUUAAUAAUUUUACGUUAUCAUUCGGAGCUAAAGUGAUUGUGUAUACGAGGUUUAAAGGUUAAUACUUAAUAAAAUAAAUUAGAUUCUAAAAAAUCGCGAUAUACAGUGCAUUUAUGCUUAUUUGAUAGUAACUGCCAUUUAAUAUAGCAUGGCAAUGUUACUAAGGACUAGAAAAAAUAAAGUUGCCUUAGCGCUCAGAGUUACCUGCGUACUGUCUGUGACCUUUACGUACUUAAUUAUUGCUGUUUUAAGCAGAAAUGUACCUGAAGAUGAACCUAUUCAGAAAAAUUUAGAAACUAGUUUUGGUCGUCAUUUACUGGCGCUUCCAUCGUCAAACAAUACCUACCAAAAUAUUUAUCCAACAAUUCCAAGCAACCUGUUGGGAAAUGCAACAACUACAAAUAAACGAAACUGCACUCCGCCAGCCAUCAACGAAUUUCCAUCCGAUGGUUUCACGCGAGUCCAGCGCAAACAAGGCUGGGUGAUAAUACACGCUUUUGUUGCAUGCUACUUAUUUAUCCUAUUAGCCAUUGUCUGUGAUGAUUAUUUCGUACCUGCAAUUCAACACUUUUGUGACGCCUUAAGUAUGAGCAAAGAUAUAGCAGGAGCAACAUUUAUGGCAACUGCAAGUUCUAGUCCCGAAUUAUUUAUUAACUGUGUUGGAACAUUUGUUACCGAAGGCGAUCUAGGAGUGGGUUCAAUUAUUGGUUCUGCAGUAUUUAAUGUUUUAGCGGUUCCUGCAUGUUGUGGACUUUUCGGAAACAUGGUAUUAGAUUUAGAAUGGUGGCCAAUCAGUCGAGACAGUUUUGUCUAUGGCCUGUCUGUGAUAUUGUUAGUUUGUUUUCUACAAGAUGGAAAAAUUUAUUUUAACGAAGCAUUAACGCUAGUCUUAGUAUAUACAGCUUAUAUUUUACUUAUGUGUUUCAACAAUUACUUAAGCAGAGGAGCCCACAGAGUGGUAGCAAAAUUCCGUAAACCGAAAUAUUAUCAGGUCGAUGAAAGUCACCCUUUACUCUUCAAAGAUCAAAAUGGCAAUGCCAAGGGUGUAUGUGAUAUACUGGAUGCAGAACUUACCCUUAAGGAUUGUGAGGAUUUAGAGGAAUCAACGAAAAUUUGGGAAUGGCCUAUUGAAGAAACAGCCCAAGGACAGUUAUGGUGGGUUUUAACUUGGCCUAUAUCUUUUAUAUUGUACAUGACCAUGCCAGAUUGUAGAAAACACCCUAAAUUAAGUUGUAUUACUUUCGCUAUGUGCAUUAUUUGGAUAGCAGGGACAUCAUACACGGUAGCUUGGCUUAUAACAAUAGUUGGAGAUACUUUGGAUAUCCCUGAUUCCGUUAUGGGUCUUACAUUUCUAGCGGCCGGGACAAGUGUCCCUGAAGCAGUUUCAAGUGUUAUUGUUACAAAUCAAGGACAUGGCUCAAUGGGCAUCAGUAGUUCAAUUGGUUCCAAUACCUUUGAUAUUUUACUUUGUUUGGGUCUUCCCUGGAUGAUAAAAACUGGAUUUUACCCAAAAAAGCCUGGUCAACAUUGGAUAAAAAUUAAUUCAGGUGGACUAACUUACAGUGCUCUAUCCUUACUUAGCACAUUGGUACUUCUGUAUCUCAGCAUAGCUCUUAAUAAAUUCAAGUUGGACUGGAAAGUGGGAUUGACAUGCCUUCUAACCUAUGUUGGAUUCCUAACGUUGGCAUCACUUAUUGAAUUAAAUGUGUUUUUCCCAGUUAAUCUCCCUGUAUGCGAUCAUUAAUUUUUAUUUAUUAUCAUUUAUCAUUGUUAUUUUUGUGUAAUCAUUUUUUCAUUAAGUUUUAAGUUAAUUUUGUAUUAUAUUACUCUUGACUGAUUUAAGCCAUA